AUGAAGAAAGCUUUUACCUUUCUUCCCGGCCAUCGGCAAGAUUCUGAUUCAGGUACAGAGGUCAAAUUCAAGUUUCCUCGCAGUACUAGCUCGACCCUCUUUAGGCGACGAGAACAGCUUCGGAAAGCCCAGCGCACACACCGUCUACGCAAAGACCAGUACUUUAAGAAUCUAGAGAGUGAGGUAUUGCGUUUACGCGCAAAUGAAGUGAACUUGGUCAUUCAAGUUCAGAACCUUCGCAACCAGGUCGAUGUGCUCCAGGGGAUUGUGAAGAAACAUGAUCAAUCUAUAAUAUCAGCACCGUUUUGUGCUACUGAGGGUAAUAGACCAGACCCCCUCCCCUCUAAAACCCCGUUUCAUGUCCAUGGCAAUGUCCAAGAUGGGAUUAGUUCCUGGGCAUCCAAACCAGAUAUGGAUUUUGAAAGGACCGAUGCAUAUAUCGAUCUCUCUAGCGAAAGUAUCUGCGCCCCUAUCAAGUCAAACAACUCUACAGACUCCCACGGCCAACCAGCUGGAUUAACAAACGAUCCACCGCCGGACCAAUUAUUCAGUUCUCCAUCUCGCACUGCUCUAGUUCAAUCGAAGGAUUCACAAUUACUAUGCGCCAAUAAGCCGUUUAACCAAAAGAUGACUGACAUGGGUAUGGAAUUUAUCUUGGCACUGGAACACCCUUGUCUCCCCCACUUAGAUCGCCACCCAGACAAGCCUAACGGCCAUGCUCUGCUUGCAUCUGCCACAUUCAUCCGCUCAAAUAGCCAUCAAUGCGCUCCGCCAUCGCAUAAGCCCGCACUCAUCUUUGACAGACUGCUAGCCCUGUCUGAAGAGCUUGUUCUCGAGGAUGAGCUUAGCCCAACCCAGGCUUGGUUUCAUCUUGUCCAACAACCUUGGACAAGUAGGCUCGACCUAGAUAUCCUCAGGCGUCUGAGUUCGUCACUUUUGAAGCUAAUCAAAUGCCACGGGUUUGGUGCUGUAAUGAGAAGAGAUGAGUUUGAGGCUAUUUUAGUUCAGGCUUCCUCGACUAUCGGACUGGGCGAUUGA